AUGUUCAUCCAAACCGAGCCCACACCAAACGCCGAUGCUCUAAAGUUCAAUCCCAACCAGCGCGUCCUCCCAGAAAACAUCUCCUCCCCGUUCCUCGAAUACCUCAACCCCCGCUCUACCCUCGCCCCGCCACAUCCAUCCCCUCUCGCCGCCCAACUCCUCAACAUUGACGGCGUAACCAGUGUCUUCUUCGGCGCCGACUACAUCACCGUUACAAAGGACUCGGCCACCCCCUGGUCGCACGUCAAGCCCGAGGUCUUCGCCCUCAUCAACGAAUACAUGACCUCGGGCCAACCCAUCGUCAACACCGUCGCCGCAAAAGCUGGUGAACAAGGCCAAGGCGGUCAAGAAGCCGACAGUCUUGCCUACGACGAAAACGACGAUGAAGUCAUUGGCAUGAUCAAAGAACUCCUCGACACGCGCGUCCGCCCCGCCAUCCAAGAAGACGGUGGUGACAUUGAAUUCCGCGGCUUCAACGACGGCCAGGUUCUGCUCAAGCUGAGGGGUGCGUGCCGUACCUGCGAUUCUAGUACCGUGACACUCAAGAAUGGCAUCGAGAGCAUGUUGAUGCAUUAUAUUGAGGAGGUCAAGGGCGUGCAACAGGUGCUGGAUCAGGAGGAGGAGAUUGCUAUGAAGGAGUUUGCCAAGUUUGAGGAGAAGCUGAGGCAGCAGAAGGGGCCCGACGCGACGGCGGGGACGGUUGGCAAGGGCAGUCUGGAUUAUGUGGAGUAG